AACCGGCUGACGGGAGCGGGGCGGAGCGUGUGAGGGAGGAGGAAGCGGCGCCGUACACUGGCCGUACACAGCGACCCUUGUCUCCGGUCACCGAGGCCAUGCUGAGGCCCUAAGCCCCGGGUGUUGAGUGUCGGUGUGUGCGGGAUGGCGCAGUGCCUGCUCUCCGUACAGGAGUUCCUCCAGGACUCGUUCAUCCCUCAGGUGGCGGCCCUGUGCAGUGACGAGGCCGAGAGACUGGCCAGGAAGAAUCAGCUGUCCUUCUGUGAGCUGGUCCGGCCCUUCUGCAGGCUCAGCACUGAGGUUCAUAUGCGGGAUCCCAACAAUCAACUUCAUGUCAUAAAAAACCUAAAAAUUACUGUCAACAACAUCGUUACUCAAGCACCUUUACAAGCAGCAGUCCGCAAACUUCUGAAUGAUGUUGUCUCAUCCAGCCAACCUGCUGAAAGUUUGGUACCAAAUGUGAUUACUGCGGGCGAUUAUGACCUUAAUAUCAGUGCAACUACGCCAUGGUUUGAGUCCUACCGAGAGAGUUUUUUCCAGUCCAUGCCAGCCUCGGAUCAUGAAUUCUUAAACCACUAUUUAGCCUGUAUGUUGGUAGUUUCUUCACAUGAACCAGAACCUGUGGAGCAGUUUCUCAAGUUAUCUCAAGAGCAACAUCGGAUUCAACACAGUAAUGACUAUAACUAUCCCAAGUGGUUUACACCCAACACUUUGAAGUAUUAUGUUCUGCUGCAUGAUGUCAGUAGUGAUGAUGAGAAAAGGGCUGAUACAAUAUAUGAAGAAAUGAUACAAAGGUAUGGGACUCAAGGAUGCUACUUACUAAAGAUUAAUUCGCGAACGUCUCUUAAAGGAACAGAUGAGCAAAUACCCGAUCCCUGGAGCCAGUACAUCCAGAAAAACACCAUGCAAUAUCAAGAUGCCUAUGAAGAUAGUUCCAGUACUGCUUUACCAAACAAGAAUUCAGACCAUGUAAUUUCUGUGGAUGGUUUGGAACACUCUGUGAAAGACGGUUUAUCAAACAAUUUUAAGACUCAUCCACUUGACCAGAUCAAUGAUGCUGGAGGUAGCUUUGAUGGACUGGAUAAUGAAAGAAUGCAGAGUUCAGUCAGUGAAACGAAGAAGAACGCAUCAGGAACUCCCCAUGGCAGUUGUUUGACUCUUACUGAUCACGAUCGCAUUAGGCAGUUUAUACAGGAGUUUACCUUCCGUGGACUCAUACCUCAUAUAGAAAAGACUGUCCGUCAGCUUAACGAUCAGUUAAUAUCCAGGAAGGGACUGAGUCGAUCAUUGUUUUCUGCCACAAAGAAAUGGUUCAGUGGUAGUAAAGUACCAGAGAAAAGCAUUAAUGAGCUAAAGAAUACCUCAGGAUUAUUAUAUCCACCUGAGGCACCUGAACUUCAGAUAAGGAAAAUGGCUGAUCUGUGUUUUUUGGUGCAGCAUUAUGAUCUGGCAUACAGCUGCUAUCACACUGCAAAAAAGGACUUUCUAGGUGACCAGGCAAUGCUUUAUGCUGCUGGGGCUCUGGAAAUGGCUGCAGUGUCUGCUUUUCUACAGCCUGGUGCUCCCAGACCAUACCCUGCUCAUUACAUGGACACAGCAAUACAGACAUACAGAGAUAUAUGCAAGAGUAUGGUUCUUGCAGAAAGGUGUGUCUUACUAAGUGCUGAAAUUUUAAAAAGCCAAGGAAAGUAUUCAGAAUCUGCUGCCCUCCUAAUUCGUCUUACAAGUGAGGACUCUGAUUUGCGGAGUGCAAUACUUCUUGAACAAGCGGCUCAUUGCUUCAUUAACAUGAAGAGUCCUAUGGCGAGGAAGUUUGCUUUCCAUAUGAUACUAGCAGGCCAUCGUUUUAGUAAAGCAGGCCAGAAAAAGCACGCCCUGCGAUGUUAUUGUCAGGCAAUGCAAGUGUACAAAGGGAAAGGUUGGUCGUUAGCGGAGGACCACAUCAACUUUACCAUUGGUCGUCAGUCGGUCACACUGCGCCAGUUGGACAAUGCAGUCUCUGCUUUCAGGCAUAUUUUGAUUAAUGAUAGCAAGCAGCCCGCAUUGCAACAAGGCGCUUUUCUUCGGGAGUAUCUUUAUGUGUAUAAGAAUGUAUGUCAACAAUCUCCUGAAAGUCCUUUACCCCAACUCCCGCUGCCAUACAUCAAUAGCUCUGACACGCGUGUUUUUUUUGGUCAUGAUAGGCGGCCUUCUGAAGGUGAAAAACAAGCUGCCACUCAUGUGAGUCUUGACCAAGAGUAUGACAGCGAGUCCUCGCAGCAAUGGAAGGAGCUAGAGGAACAAGUGGUAGCUGUUAUCAAUAGAGGUGUCCCCCCACCUAACUUCCAACCAACACAGUAUUGUUUAAGUAGCAAUUCAGAGAACUCCAAAUUCCCGUUGGCUGUUGUACAAGAGCCAAUAACUGUGGAAGUGUCUUUUAAGAACCCUCUGAAGGUUCCCCUUUUAUUGACCGAUUUAUCUCUACUGUGGAAAUUUCAGCCAAAAGACUUUAGUGAUGAAAAUGAGGAACUCAAAGAGGCGCUUAGCAAUGACAAAGAUCUGCUAUCAAAGGGAAAACAUUUCAGCGAUGUCAUUGGCACAGAAGAGAUAAGUGAAUUUUUAAUCAACAGCGAAGAAACUAAAAUCGCUCGACUAAAAUUGUUUCCUCUUCAAACUGGGGAGCUGCAUAUUCUUGGGAUCGUUUACAACCUCAGCACCAUUCAAAGUGCGAACUUGGAUGGCGUCAACCCUCUGAACAGUGUACCGGCUGGAAAAUUUAUUUCUAACGGAAUGUCAGUGAGAGGACGUCAGGACUUAGAGAUUCAAGGCCCUCGAUUGAAUAGUACAAAGGAAGAGAAAACCUCCAUUCAGUAUGGGCCCGAUCGUCGCUUAGAUCCAAUUAUAGUCCCACAAAUGCCUUUAUUGGAGGUGUUUUUUAUCAAUUUUCCUACCGGGCUACUGUGUGGAGAAAUCAGAAAAGCACAUGUGGAAUUUGUGAAUGUGAGCAAGUGCCCACUGACGGGGCUCAGGGUUGUGUCCAAGAGGCCUGAGUUCUUUACAUUUGGAAGCAAUACAGAAGCACUAACACCACUAAGUCCUGCAGCCUCAGUGAACUGCAGUGCCUAUAAAACUGUUGUUACAGACUCUACCUCUGGGUGCUCUUUGUUGACAUCCUCUAUUACUCCAGUAGACUUUGGUUUUGGUAGUGGGAAACAACCGGGGGUUGUAGAAAUUCCACUCACAGACUCUGUUUUAGCUCCUGGUGCAUCAGUACAGCUCCCGCUGUGGUUAAGAGGGCCUGAUCAAGAAGGAGUCCAUGAGAUAAAUUUCUUGUUCUACUAUGAAAGCACAGAAAAACAAUCAAAAAUGCGACAUCGUGUCUUAAGGCAUACUGCAGUUAUAUGUACCAGUAAGUCCCUGAAUGUGCGGGCGUCUGUCUCUAGGAGUAAUGCACUGGAAGAUGAAGAAAGCAAAUCUGCAAAUAUGCUUGUAUUUGUAGAUGUGGAGAACAUGCACAUGAGUGAAGCGGGUGUGAAAGAAUUUCAUAUAGUUCAAGUGUCAAGCAGCAGUAAGAACUGGAAACUGCAGAAGUCUGUAAAUCCCACUGCAGACAAAGACACUAAAGUAACCAGCAGAGAAAGGGCCAAAAUGUGCUUCAAAGCUGUUCGAUGCAAAUUCUCCUCCCUAGAUGAUGAGAAAUCAUUGGACAGAUACACGUUUGGGGACAUUGUCUUUGGAGAUGAACAGAUAAUUAGUUCGACCACCCCAUGCGCAGACUUCUUUUUCCAUAGUUGCCUGUUGCAAUAUAAGAAAAAAAAAGCAUUCCAUACAGAUGGGCAUUCAAAAUCGAUCCCUGAUGAAGCAGUCAGGUUGAUACAAAAUUGCAGUGAAGUGAAUCUUCAUUUAAUUGUUUUGUGGAAGGCAUAUGUUAUUGAAGAUAACAAGCAAUUAAUUUUGGAAGGUCAACAUCAUGUGACUUUGCAUGCUGUUGGAACAGAAGCAUUGUCAUUCCCUCAAAAACAGGAACAGUCGGAGAUGGUACUGUUAAAAUUUACCAAGUCUGAGAAUACACCUGUACCAGUGCGUCCAUCACCAGAGCAGCUUUCCAAUCUAAUAAAAACAAGCCUUCAUUACCCCGAAUCUUUUAAUCAUCCGUUCCACCAAAAAAGUCUUUGUUUAGUUCCAGUCACACUUGUGCUCACCAAUAGCUCUCAGGCAGAAGUUGAUGUAAUAAUUGAUCUUAGACACAAAACCACAAGUCCCGAAGCGUUAGAAAUCCAUGGAUCUUUCACCUGGUUGGGGCAAACUCAGUACAAACUUCUGCUGAAAAGCCACGAAGUGUUCAGUCUGCAGUUGAAAGCGUGUUUUGUGCACUCUGGAAUCUACAAUCUCGGGACUCCAAGAGUGUUUGCAAAGCUGGCCAACCAAGUCACACUCUUUGAAACCAAUCAACAAAACUCGAUGCCGGCCCUGAUUGUCAUCAAUAAUGUCUGAGUGAUCUACAACUAAGGAUUGGAGGAAGUGUACCAUUAGAUUUCCCCAGGCUCGGGGUAGCCGCUCUUUCCUCUACAGUAUCUACUGCACCAGAGAUCCCAUAGGAAUUUCAUGAAGACUGUUGACUAAUAUUCCUUUAUGCAAGACACUUGGAACUGAUACAUCACUUCCCUGCUUUGUACAGUUAACUCAUUUUAAAUAUUUCCAAGGAAAUAAAACGUUCCUUGUACUAAAUUAAAAUAUUUGAUUUGGUUACUAUGUGCUUACAGCAUUAUCUUUGCUUUCAAACUGUGUAGUGUCCUUGCACACCUUCAUGUAAGAUAUUAAUGUCAUUUGCACUUUUGGUUUCACAGCUUUUUCCCCCUCGAGAAGUAGCUAGACUUUGUUUUGGAGUGUUUUAAAAUUUAAAUACACUCUGUGUGUAGACAAAAGCUAAAUCUAAUGGACGUUUGCAUUGCAUUUGUUAACAGUUUAAUUCAUCUCAGUACAGAAUGCACUAUUUUACACUUCCAUUACAUUGUCUUUCAAGUUGAGUUAUUCCCUUUAUUACAUAACUUUAAAAUUUCAGUUGAUUACAUCAGUAUGAUUUAAAGUCUGCUUUUCCAUAAAUGAUGUAUUAUAUUUAUAACAAAUGUAUUGUAAAUAGAAUAAAACAUACGCCAUAUUUGCUGUU